AUUGGCUUGAAUUGUGAUGAAAUGUAAUUGUGCAUGAAAAGAUAAAUUCGAAAAUCUUUUAAUCCAUUUGAAUUGCUUUGCCUGAUUCGCACAACAAUUUUUGUAGUUACGGUCCUGUCGAAGUUGAUCGUAACGUAAGGACACCCGGUGGAAGUCAGUAUGUUGGGCCGUGUUGGAAAUCUUGCUCUUCUGGUGUGCCAAAAUGGCCCUCAGUUACAACAACAAUGUGGAAUGGCCACCUUAAAAGCAAUUUCGAUCCGAUUGAAAUCGGUCAAGAACAUCCAAAAGAUUACUCAAUCCAUGAAGAUGGUGUCAGCCGCAAAGUAUUCACGUGCUGAGCGCGAUUUAAAACAAGCACGGCCUGUAGGCGAGGGAGCAAAGAUGUUUUACGAAAGAGCAGAGGUCGAACCUCUGGCUGAAAAGCCUCAAAAACUGUACAUCGCCAUUACAUCAGAUCGUGGUCUAUGCGGAGCUGUUCAUACUAACAUUUGUCGUCAGAUUAGAACAAUUUUGAACGGACCAGAUGCAGAGAACAUUAAAAUCGUCUGCGUGGGAGACAAAUCUAAGGCAAUUUUGCAGCGAACUUUUGGCAAGCACAUAAUCUUGUCAGUUAAUGACAUCGGUCGUUUGCCACCAACUUUUGCUGAUGCGUCUAGGCUAGCGGCUGCCAUUCUACAGUCGGGUUAUGAAUUUAGUUCCGGAAAAAUUUUUUAUAAUCGUUUUAAAUCUGUUGUAUCAUACGCUACCACUGAUUUACCCGUCUUUAGUUUGGCUACAAUCCAAGCUGCUCCAAAGCUGUCAAUCUAUGACUCAUUGGAUGACGAAGUUAUCCAAAGUUAUUUGGAGUUUUCGCUUGCGGCGCUAUUAUAUUACACUCUAAAAGAAAGCGCUUGCAGUGAACAAUCGUCACGCAUGACUGCCAUGGAUAACGCGAGUAAGAACGCCGGUGAAAUGAUUGACAAACUUACGUUAACUUUCAAUCGUACUCGACAAGCUGUAAUUACUAGAGAAUUGAUUGAAAUUAUUUCUGGUGCUUCGGCUCUGUAAAUACUUUAUCAGUAAUGUGUUGCAAGAAUUUGGUUGAUGUACGAAAUAAGUAGCCACAGUAUGUUUGUAGAAUUCUUGUAAUGCAUUUGUAGUAUCAACUGCAGUAUGUAAGAAAGAAAUAAGUUCAAAGUUUUCCAAUUUCAAACAUUGUUUUCUCAUUGUUAAUAUAAUAUAAAUUGUCUCACUGCGUACUUUCAAUAAAUCCGCAUGUAUUGGUUUA